GGGGGGGGAGCAAGAUAACGUCAGAUUUUGGGACUGUUCUGCCAACUCAUUUUGAACGCAUUUUGGAGAAACAGCGAAAAACGCAAAUGGCUUUAGAGCUUCCACAAGAGUUUGCACUGCAGGGACAUACUGGCGCUUUCGUUUCCAACAGCGGCAAGAGCCAUACAGCUCAAAUGUCCGAGUCGCGUUGUUCCUUGACGUCAAGAGCAACACAUGAAGGCGUGCCCCUUCUCUAUGCAGUCGACUCGGAUACUCCUCUCAUUUUUGAGGACGAAAAUCUCAAGUACGUUGCCGAAUUGCAUGAUUUGGGAAACGGGAAAGUGUGGUGUUUGAAGGCAAGAAAGGUCCGUUCGGGGCAAAAGGAUCACGUUCUGAAAGGCGGAGACGACACAGGUUCGUUCAUUGGCUACGAACUGGAAGAAAACCUGCGUGUACGAGACAAGUGUGAAGCCAUGGAGUCGUUUAAGCUGGUAAAGGUCUGAUCGUCCCUCAUAUCGACCCGGAGCGUUAGCAAUAUAGGGUCAUUCUUGUCUGUACGACACUGUGGUGGGACCAUUGGCCCUUGUUAGGAUUGAGAAUGUAGAUUAGAAGCACCCGGGCAGAGCUUUGGCACAAAAGAGAUACCAUCGAUAGUAAAUAGUAUUUCAUUCAUUUGGUAAAUCAGUUGCAUCGAGACUGCCGGUUCUUUACAAAUAACAAUGUGGAGAAACUUGAAGAGACAGAGCAACC